AGUGAAGAUAAUGUGGACCAUAGAGAUGAAAUGAAAAGAAGAACAAGAACCACAACAGAAACAAGCAGUGUAAGGAGAGGAGACAAUGGCAAAGGUUGUGUUUUUGAGCACCACCACUAUCAUGUGUUCACUACCAUCACCAUGUAUCAGUAUCACUAUUUCCCGCUCCUCCACAGCUUCUUCUAAGCUUCAUCUUCCUCUCACUCACCGUAUUCACUGCUCAAUUUCUACUUCACACCCUGCCACAGAUAAACUUCCAACUAGUAGUACUGAUUUUUCUGUAAGUGGUGGUGCAUAUGAUUUCACAAAAGCAACAACAUCACUUACAAAUGAGUUAAUCUCUUCAUCAAAGAAAGUGACUCUUUUAAGGCAUGGUCUUAGCACUUGGAAUGCAGAAAGUAGGAUUCAGGGAAGCUCGGAUUUGUCAGUACUAACUGAAGCUGGAGUGGAGCAAGCCGAGAGGUGCAAGAAAGCAUUGGAAAACAUUUACUUUGACCAAUGUCUCGCCAGUCCAAUAUCUCGCGCUAAGCAAACUGCUGAAAUUAUAUGGCAAGGAAGGGAAAAACCAUUGGUUUACAUUGACCCACUUAAAGAAAUAUCUCUUUAUCACCUUGAAGGUUUGAGAAAUGUGGAUGCUAAGCAAAUAUAUCAAGAGGAAUACAAAAUCUGGAGAGAAGAUCCAGCCAAUUUUUUAAUGAAUGGUAGAUAUCCCGUACGAGAUCUAUGGAAAGCUGCAAGAGAUUGUUGGAAGGAAAUUUUGUUGUCACCUGGAGAAAGCUUUCUGGUUGUGACUCACAAAUCAAUAUUGAGGGCAUUAACUUGCACUGCUUUAGGCCUUGGCCCAGAGAGGUUUCGAUCCCUUGAUAUCAACAAUGGUGGAAUAUGUGUAUUCAACUUCAACACUCGAGGAGAAGCAAUGCUCGAGGGUUUAAAUUUGACAGCUCACAUGUACAGUGACCAUGUAUAUCCUGGUUGAAAUUCCUGCUAAAUGAAUGCAAGAAAGAUAAGUACUGCUAUUAUUUUUAUCCUAGAAUGGAAUAAACACUACUGAUUGCUAGAUGGCAACCUAUAGAAAAGUUGAGGAAUUGCAGUAUAGUAUGUAGUUUGUGCUUAUUACUUAUGUGAAGUUAAAUGAUCAGUGUAUUGAGUCUAUUUAAUGUCCUUAGUUGUUUGAUAAA